AUGGAAUUGGAUAUUCUUAGUUUCUCUAGAAACCACAUUGAUGCAUCCAUUAAAUCAGAAACUUCUAUUCCCCCCUGGCGUUUCACUGGCUUCUAUGGUUGCCCGGAGAGAAUCAGAAGGAAAAACUCAUGGAAUCUUCUAAAGCACCUGUCGGACCAGUACACUCUACCUUGGAUUCUAAUGGGAGAUUUUAAUGACCUCCUACACCAAAGUGAGAAACUGGGCAGAAUUCAGCACCCUCAAUGGCUCAUCCAAGGUUUUAGUGAAGCUAUCAACUACAGUGGUCUUAGGAAUUUUGAGUUCAAGGGUUAUCAAUAUACUUGGGAAAAAGGAAGAGGCACCGUGAAUUGGGUCCGUGAAAAACUUGAUCGCAUCCUUGUAAACAACCAGUGGUUGGAUCUCUUUGGCGAAGCUAGGGUAGAAUCCUUUGAAGCUUGCAGCGAUUAUCUCCCGCUUGCUCUAUGGCCGUUGUCUUCGGUUAGAGUAAGGAAACAUAGGAAAUUCAAAUUUGAGAAUUGUUGGUUAAAGAAAACUCGAUGCCGGGAGAUUAUGUCUCGAAGUUGGGAAAUAUCAGUGGGUCUUAAUCUCUGCGACCGGUUUGAACUCUUUACUAGUUCUGCUGGUGAACAAUCACCUGUGAUAAACUGCCUUAAUCCAAAAAUCACCAACAAUCAGAAUAUAGCUCUUUUGAGGAGAUUCUCUAGAGAUGAGAUUAAAAAGGCAAUGUUCGGAAUGCAUCCUGAUAAGAGUCUGGGGUUUGAUGGAUUAAAUCCUGGGUUUUUUCAAAGCUACUGGGAUAUUCUAGGGGAAAGCAUUGUUCAGCUUUGUAAUGAAUUCCUAAGGUCUGGUAAGCUCCCUAAAGGACUAAACACCACCCAAAUCGUCUUAAUCCCAAAAAAGUCUGCUCCGCAAACCAUGGCUGAUCUUAGACCGAUAACAUUGUGUACAGUGGCUUACAAAAUUCUUGCUAGGGCAAUGGCAAACAUGAUAAAAGUUCUUCUUGAAGAUAUUAUCUCAAAUAAUCAAAGUGCUUUUGUGCCAGGAAGAUUGAUAACUGAUGGGUAA